UCAACCACCCCCACCAGCACCAGGGGCCUGUGGUCCCCAUGCUGACCUCAGGUGAUGUUUAUAUUCCUGGGCUGUUUGUUCUGUGAACGGAACAUCUGACACCUUUUCAGAGAAAUGUUUUUCUCUUCGUUUGGAACAUCUGGAACCAGCAAGAACAUCUGGGACUGCCGGGAAGAGCUGUUUCUCGGAUGGAACCUGAACUCCCCUGUCCCCACUUCCCACAGCUCCGGCCCCAACCUGUGCUCCUCGGGUUGGGGGUGGGGACGCCACUGUACCAGAACUUGCAGGCUCCCCCAGACCAGCCUCUUGUCUUCCACUCCAGACCCGUGGAGCUGUGGAUAACACUUCUGUGCCCUGAGAGUCCACUGAUUGCUGAGUGGUGGGUUUUCAGUAAGCCAUCAACACCCAAGUCCACCGUCUUUGGCAGCUCCCAGCAAACUCUCCCACCAAGUGAGCGAGGUGGGGCCUCUCGCCAGAGCCGGGACCAAAUCUUCUCCCAGGAGCCUCCGUUGUCACGGGCUUGGGGCUGGAGACAGGGUGAGCAUGGCAGGGCCGGCGUCGAUUCCCGGGCUCAACAACUGGCUGGUGCUGGGGCUGCUGCUCCUUUCAGCAGGUGAGACGGUGCUGGCGGCCAAAACAGAAGACCUGCUCCGGGAUCCCAAAGGAAACACUUGUUCCCGGAUCUGGCAGCACCCACGUUUCGUGGCCAAGAAACGGGGCUCCACCGUGGAGAUCAGGUGCCACCUGGAGGAUAUGGGUGUCGUGAGCUGGUUCCGGAAGCCGAAGCCGGACUCAGAGCCCAAGAUAUUUCUCCCGGAGGAGGGCCGCAUCCUCCAGAACCACAACAACUCCGAGGCCAUCCUCACCAUCCUAGGCGUCCAGUUUCAGGACAACGGCAUCUACUUCUGCAAGCAGGAGUGCACCAAGGGGACUUCGAGGACAGAGCACGGCUGCGGCACUGAGCUCCGGGUCAUGGGGUUCAGCACCCUGGCCCAGCUGAAGCGGCGGAACACACUGAAAGACGGCAUCAUCAUGAUCCAGACCUUGCUCAUCAUCCUCUUCAUCAUCGUGCCCAUCUUCCUGCUGCUGGACAAGGAUGACAGCAAGGCCGGGAUGGAGGAAGAUCACACCUAUGAGGGCCUGGACAUUGACCAGACAGCCACUUACGAAGACAUAGUAACUCUGCGGACAGGAGAGGUGAAGUGGUCGGUGGGUGAGCACCCAGGCCAGGAGUGAGGGGCCGGCCCUCCCCACGCUCCUGGGCACAGCCCGCUGGGCCUUAGUGACUGCUUCAGUGCUGUCCCCACCUUUUCCCUGGACCCCCGUCAGCCUCCAAAGCGGGCCCACCAGACCCACCUGCCCCUCCAGCCCUUGGUCCCCAUCUCUCACCGGAGGGACUGGCGCAGAAGGGCUGCAGGGCAGUGAUUAGGAGCAACGGGGUCCUCGGGGGCUAGACUGGACCCCGCAUUCCGGGGGUGCUGUGUGGGGGAUCCGUGGCCCUGUGAAGGCCAGGGAAGGCAGAGACUUGUCUGGAACCUGCAAGCGGACUCAGAGCAGCCCGGCUUCUCUGGAGAGCCGGGCCAGGGUCACAGCCCACCCCAAGCAGCC